AAAAAAUCGAGUAAAUGUCAUCGGUGCUGGAGUUGUGGGGCUAACAACUGGUUUAGUUCUUCAAAAGAAUGGAUAUAAAGUAAAAAUUAUUGCUGAACAUUGGCCUGGUGAUUUAAGUAAUAAUUAUACAAGCCCGUGUGCUGGUGCCAUUUUUUCUCCACAUGAAUUUUUUGACGAACGUUUCGAAAAAAUCCAAAACGUUUCAUACAAAACACUAUGGGCAUUAUCAAAUAUGAAUGAUACCGGUGUCAUACGUCUUCCAAACUUUAUGUUUCACGAAAAAAAUCCUCAUAUUGAUGUCGAAAAAUUGUUUAAGGGUGUAUAUCAUGAGUUUCAUAUUUUGCCAAAAAACGAACUCCCUAAAAACGUAGAUUAUGGUAUUUCCUUUACAACUGUUACAAUAGAUGUUCCAAUAUAUUUACGAUGGCUUUUGAAUCAAUUCACAAGUGCCGGUGGCGUAACUCAAAAGGCUCACCUUAAUCAUCUCAAUGACGCAGAUGAACCUAAUGUAGAUUUUGUUAUAAACUGUACGGGUGUCAAUGCACGAAAUUUUGGCGGCGUAGAUGAUGAUAAGGUAUUCCCUACUAGAGGGCAGAUUGUGGUCGUUUCGGCACCACAUAUAAAAUUCGCCAAAUCACUUCAGGAAGAGGACGGUACAUACACAUAUAUAAUCCCUCGAGAAUGUGGUGAAGUGAUCCUAGGAGGAACUAUGGAUGUCAACAAUUACGACACAACACCGGAUCCAAAAACUGCAGAAUCGAUCCUUAACCGCUGCAUUAAACUUUGUCCAGAAUUAACCCAAGACAAAGAUUUAUCCAGUGUACACAUAUUGAGACAUGUCGUUGGGCUACGUCCAUCAAGAAAAGGUGGUAUUCGACUUGAAACUGAAGUAAGGCGAAAUUCUGUUGGUAAAGACGUCAUAAUUUGUCAUAAUUAUGGUCACCAUUCUUACGGGUAUAUAAUGAGCUGGGGUUCAGCAAUAGAAGUAUUAGAUCUUAUUAAAUCAGUAAAAAGUCAGAAGGAAGCUAGGCUAUAA